AUGUUUAGAAAAAUAUUUUGGUUAACAAAGCAACUGUCGAAAGAAUACAAUUGGAAAUAUGUUUGGGCAAAUUCGAACGGAGUGUAUUUAAGGAAGACUGAUGGAGAUGUUCCGAUUAAAAUACAAUCUAUUAAAGACAUAUCUGGAUAUGAUGUGGAAAACAAGUUGGCUCAUUUGAAACUUCACGACUUAGAAUCCUCAGGAUAA